AUCUUUGGUCCCUUUGUGCAUUUUCUUCCAAGAAGGCGCCGCGAACAGGGAUCUCCCGUGAGCACCAAUCCUGUGGAGAACAAAACAGUGUCAGCACGCCCCCGUUUCUGUCCUUCCUCGCCAUGGAUUUGAUCCGUACUCCUCCAGGGAGGUGCUCGCGGCCGCGGCAGCUCGCGGCCUCCGCCGCGGCGCCACCGGCUUCCGUCUCGCUGGCAGCGCUAGCGCUCCCCUGCCGCCUGCCAACCCACGCCGCCGCGCCCUCUCCCCAGCGCAUUCGCCGGCUGCGCCGCGGGCUGCGGCUUCGGGACGCCCGCGCGUCGUCGUUGGGCGGCGAGGAGGAGGCGCGGCGGCCGCCGCGGCUCCUGUGCCUGCACGGAUUCCGGACCAGCGCCGAGAUCAUGCGGCGGCAGGUGGUGGGGAGGUGGCCCGAAGAGGUGACUUCCCGCCUGGACCUCGUCUUCGCGGACGGGCCGUUCCUGGCCGAGGGCGCGUCCCCCGUGGCCGACAUCUUCGAUCCGCCCUACUACGAGUGGUUCCAGUUCGUCGGCAAGGUCUCGGGGGGACAGGAUCCCAUCGAGUGCAGGAACUUGGACAUGUGCCUCUCCUACCUCGAGGAGCUGAUGAUCAGAGAAGGGCCGUUCGACGGACUGCUAGGUUUCUCCCAGGGCGCCGUCGUAUCUGCAGUGCUCACAGGGCUCCAAGAACAGGGGUUGGCCUUCAAUGGGCUUGCUAAGGUGAAGUGCGUGAUGGUAAUGUCCGGGGGGAAGAUCCAGGCGCCGCCGGCUGCAGCAAGGGCGUUCGCCAGCAAGAUCAUGUGCCCGUCGCUUCACUUCAUUGGUGACAAUGACUUUACAAAGGCUCACGGUGAAGAGCUUGUAGAAGCAUUUGCGGAUCCACUUGUUAUACGUCAUCCCGCCGGCCAUACUGUACCUAAACUUGACGACAAGGGUCUCCAAAUUAUGCUCACCUACCUUGACAAGAUUGAGAGAGAGAUAUGGGAACAUUCGUCAACCGAUGCUAAGAUUAUGGCCUCAAAUUCAGAGGGUUAAAUAUCCAAAGUUUAGAAGAAGAAGAAAAAAUCCUCCAAAUUGACAUGUUUAAGGAAAUUCGAAUUCAGAGAGUUUGAUAAGAUUAAUUUUGAGUUUGAGUUCA